AUGUCUGCUUGGGAGAAGACCCUACGGCCUUCUACCCCUAACACGGCGUUGCGAGCUAGGGCAGCGGGAUUCCACGUAUCGGGCAACUCAGCACCUAUUCCUGUGUACGACGCCCUAAGGGACCGCAACCUCGACGAUUUCUGGGCGUCCCCUGCUACUCGUGCCCACUUCCACAACAUGGGCCUGAUGGCUGACGAUGGUAGCCUCAUAUCAAUGGUCGAGUACCGUCAAAAGCUCUACGUUGUGGAAAGGGAGAUGGACCGAGCGGAACAGCUUAGGGAACGCAUGGCGUACAGGAAGCAGCAAAUGGAAAUUUAUCAAAUGGCCCGAAGAAAAAGUGAGAUUAUGAAGGCAAGAAGAGCUCAGGAAAUACGUGAGCUUAAGACGGAGAGAAUAUCUGCUCGGGAGGCGGCCAGGCCUGGCUCCCACCACCACCAUUGUUUGGUUGCUCACAAGCAGCUCGGGGGGCCUGCACUCUGUGGAGAGUGCAUGGGUAUCGCCUUGGCGUUCCCAAGGAAUAAUACUAUCAAUAUGUAG